GGAGGAGGGAUGCCAAUGCCAGGAGGCAGCCCUUACCCUGCCUCAGACCCUUAUGGAGCCCCACCACCUCAGCAACAUAUGGGAUUUGGACCUCCCGGAGUAAGUGAUUUUAAGAUAUAUGCAUCAUUUUACUUUGUACGUAACCCUUGAAGAAAAUAUGCCACGGGAUAAUAAAAUCACAAUUAGAUCUGGUUUGUUGACAGCAGAAGAGCAUUUGUUCCUCUGUUUCUGCUAAUGUGCUCUGCCUGCACCUAAAUCUUGUCUGAUCAACGUCCAAUUCCUCUGUCAAACAUGUCACUUUAUAAGUACCAGAACCUCAGACCUCUUAUCCUGAAUGACAAGUGGUGAAAUAAUGCUUUAAUGUUGCAUGUAUAGUCUUCAGAAUUGAAUUUUACCAGUGAAACCUUCAAAGUUGUUCUUCAGGAGUUAGAUAUUUCUUUCCAAUGUUUUUCUGUGUCUUUUUUAAAUGUUGUUUCAUAGAGCUGAUGUGACACGAAAAUACUGUAGUUUGAAGGAUUUUUACAGUUUGAUCAUGUCAUACAAAACCAUAAUUCGCUCAGUGUGUAUCACAAUCCAUACCUCUCCCUUGCAAACAAUACAGUCCUAUUGAAAACAUGACAGCCUGCAUAUAUUUGUCAUCUCAAUUCUCAUCUUAUAUUGUUUCAACAGAACCCAUACUCUUCCUCAGUUAAUUUCCUCAGACUGUGCACAGACUAUACACACCAUCCAUGCAUGGUCCCCCAUGGUCACUUAUGAAUGUUGUGGCUCACUGGUCUUCAUUUGAUUGCUGGCUAUUUAUGCACUAACCAAAUGAGUUGACAAUCCCAUGACUUAUUACUUUUGGACCACUUAGAUGUACUAGCUAAUUCCAUUAAUGAACCUCAUGAAUAUGUAUACAAUGCUCUUGUACAUCAAUUGACAUUGGGCCCAAAUUAGAUCACCCAUAAUUUUGUUAAUUUUGUUAACUGUUUAUAAAUUUGAUUUUGGUGAUUUUGUUUACUCUUUGUUUAUUUUGUGUUGGUAUACUGUAAUUGCACCAAUCCUAGACUCCUGCUCUUUCACCACAGCCUUGGAUUCCUGCUAGUUGUUCUGGUCUCUUGAAGUAGUUACUGCCUACCAAGAUAACCCUACUUUUUUCCUGCCUAACUUAGCAUAGAAUACAGUCUCAUGUCGGCCUCGUAAUCCUAUCUUCUGUCACUGACAUCGCCUCUAACAGCUGUUUAUCAAGCCUUGAUAAUAACUGGACAUUCGCCUUGUUCUGUCUUAGAAUAACAAACCAAUGUUGCUUUUAUAGCUGAGUGACUCUAAAGUGCAGGUCUUUUAACAAAUAAACUAGUCGGGAACUAGUCGUUCAGUCUCAGUUUCAGAAUAAUCAUUUGGAUGGAAAUAAUUGGUAGAAACUACCUGGGCCGAUUUCAUGCACCCAGCCCAAUUGAACUUUCACAAGAAGUUUUAGUGUGGUAAACAGCUGGGGUUUCUUCUCCAUUAUUCUUGGCAAUGUUUUUGUUACAGGGUGUAGCAGUUGCUGCUACUGCUGUCUCUGCUUUCCACGGCAUGCCUACUCCCGAGUCAGCUAGCUAUUCUCCCAGUCCAUAUGGCGCUCAGCCCCCGGCGCCAGCUCCAGGCUACCCUGCAGCAGCACCACCACCAGGGCCAGGGAUGCCCACGCCCAGUUAUGGGGGACCACCAGCCCCUGGAGGCUACGCCCCUCCUCCCUCCCACUCCCCACAGCCACCAUACGGUAGCUCGCCAGUACCACCACCAGUUCAAACUCCAGCCUACCAUACACCUGUACCUCAGACCCAACGGGGCCCAUCACCACAACCCCCAACAAGUCAGAUGAGUGGGAUGUCAUUAUCAGGAGGGACGUCAACAGCAGCAACAUCAAAGGCAGCUCCUCCCAAGAAAUUGACUCAAGGGACUGUUACCCCAGCAAAAGGUUACAGUAACGCUGAUGUUGAGGCUGAUGCCAAGAUCCUCAGAAAAGCCAUGAAGGGACUUGGAACAGACGAGAAAGCAAUCAUUGACGUCCUGGCACAUCGUACAAGUGCUGAGAGGCAGAAGAUAGGGCAGAUGUUCAAGACGCUCUAUGGGAAAGAUUUAGUAAAGGAUUUGAAGAGUGAAUUGGGCGGCCAUUUUGAGGAUGUAGUUGUGGCGCUGAUGAUGCCACCAGAUGAGUAUGACGCCUACGAGUGUCGCCGAGCUAUGAAGGGAGCUGGUACUGAUGAAAAUGCCCUGAUCGAGAUAUUGUGUACUCGCUCUAAUGCCGAGGUUCGUGCUUUAAAACAAGCUUUUAGAGCUGUGAUUGGUAGAGAUUUAGAAAAAGACCUCAUAUCUGAGACGUCAGGCCACUUCAAGCGCCUAAUGGUGUCUAUGUCAAAUGGGGCGAGAUCUGAAGAGCCUACUGUGAACCAGGCAAAAGCAGCCCAAGAUGCAAAAGCUUUAUAUGAAGCCGGCGAGAAGAAAUGGGGGACAGACGAAUCCAAGUUCAACGCCGUGCUUGCCUCGCAGAGUUUCCAACAGUUACGUGCAGUGUUUGAUGAGUAUGAAAAGAUCUCGAGAAAGACCAUUGAGCAGGCAAUAAAAAGUGAGAUGUCCGGUGAUUUGGAAAGGGGCAUGUUGACAAUAGUGAAGUGUGUGAGAAACCUUCCCUUGUACUUUGCUGAGGCUCUUUACAAUGCAACCAAGGGGUUGGGGACCGAUGAUAAGACCCUGAUCCGUGUGAUUGUGACAAGAUGUGAGGUGGACAUGGUGCAGAUCAAACAGGAAUUCCAGAAGCAAUACCACAAGUCAUUGGAAUCCUUCAUCAAAGGUGAUUGUUCUGGCCAUUACAAGCGAGUCCUGAUUGCCCUUGUCGGAGGAAACCCAUGGGUGAAGUAAGCAGCUUAUACUGGCAAACAUCGUGACAACUGAACAGCUUACACUAGGAUCAGGAUGAGAAAUGACUAGAAUGACUGCAACUGAAAAUGUAAAAUGACUUGAUGAGCGUACCUGCAUACCUCCAGUGAGAAUACUUUAGGUGGCAGACUUGCAUUCACCCUAGUUGGGUUUGGCUGCAAAGAAGUUAUUUUCUUGCUCGGUUUUGGAAUGUUAUGGUGCUUUACUAUGAUACUUUAGUUCUGUAGUCAAGAGGUCCUUGGCCAGUGCCUUACACUGUUUGCCUUCAUUACUCUUCUCUAUUUGGGAGAGAUUUGUUUGCUGAACCUCUUUUCUAGAGGGUUAAAGUAUAAGUCGGAUAUGUUUAAUAUAUAAUUGUUUGUUGCACUGCACAUUUCUAUAAGAUACAUGUACAAACCAGGAUUCGAAAUUGACUGGAUAGUCUGUGUUUUAUAAAUGAAUACAUGGAUGUACCUGAUGUAUUCAUAUUUAAAUUCUAAAAUUUUUGCUUUGAAAUCAUGAUAAUUGAGUCUCAUAAAACGGGUCAUUGUUGUAAUUUGCUUCUCAAUACAUGUACUUUAAACCCAGAAAUGUUACGAGUUUAGAAUACAUGUACAUGGACAUCUUAUUUCUUCAGUCAUUCAUGGCAUUACAUUUAUUGUGGUCCAACAUACAAAGUUGCCCAGAGUUUUUCAGUUGUGCAUAAUAUCGUUGAUAAUAUGCUUACAGGCUCUCUAAAUAGUUGCUUUUCAUCAAAGUAAUUCAUAUUCAUAUUUAUAUAAAUAUAUUUCUAAUGUUAUAAAGAGCUAUAUUUACUAAGUGGCAGAAGCAUCUUUGUCAUUAGAAUAGGGCUUCCCUCUUCAUCACACAAGCCAUUGGUUUUAGUUCUGUAGGACUAAAUGUUAGUGAGUUCUAUCAUUUUAAAAAAUUGCUCUGUACUUACUCUCCAUAUUGAUUUUAUGUAUAACCUCUUCACAAAGGGCCUGUCCAUAAAGUAUGUACGCACUUCAUCAUCAAUUUUUGGACUGCCCUGUUCACAUCAUAUCUUAUACCCUCUAGCCGUAUCCAUGGCCAUGUAGGCUCACACAUCAGUAGAGUAUAAGGGUAGGUGUAAUAACCAGGCGUCAUUUUUUAAUUUGCUGAAACACUAAUCCUCAUAUGCCAUGUCCUUAUUAUUCUAAGUGUAGACAGAACCACGUUGCAUACCUAGAGUCGUUGGAUAGGGCAGAUAGAGAUGUGGAAAAUUAGUGGAUGUGCUUAAUCUGUGUGAAUACACCGAGUAUUCAUUCUAACAAUAUUGUAUGUGAUGUCAAAGACAUUAAUGUAUAAAACUCUUUAUUCUAAUGUUAUGUUAUUCCUGAAAGCUUAUGUGUAAUAAAAUGAUGCUUCUGGAUAAUAUUUCAUAAA